AUGGAUGUGAAUUUGAUGGUAAUGCCAUUACAUAAAAUAAGACCAGGACUCAGUCAUUGCCAGAUGCCAAUUUUUGGGAGCUCAUUAAAAUUACAUAAAGUAAUUAAAUUAGUCGAAAAAACAAAAUUAUUUUUCAUUCUUGAAAUCUGGAAAUCUAUUUGGGUUUUGAAAAGGAAGAACAAGGAGGCUUACAAUGUCAUUGUUUCUGCGCACUCGAGCGUUGCCUAUGAUUUUGAUGGAAAAAAAUUAAAUUCUGAUCCGAACUCCGAAGCUAUCCCGCAUAGCGACAAAUUGAAGUCGAAAUGA